UGGUAUAAACAUUUAUUGCUCUCAACAUAAGUAGAUAUAUGUAUAUUGCUUUCCACAUACUUACAGAUUUGUUUUAUUCAGCAACUGAGUAGAAGGAAUGCAUCAAUAAUUUAAUAUCAUAUAGAUAAACAAUAAACAUGUACAAAUACAGACUCUAUUAAUAUGUCCAAUGUCAAUUGUGUGCUAAUUAUAAUUGGUUUAUCAGCAUUAAUUAAAUACUCCUACCCACACAUUGAUAGCGAAAAGCUAAACGAAGAAUGUCAAAUAGCGGACAUAUGUCGCCACGACCAGGUACCAGUGUGUGGGAUCGACUCAUGCGGUGAAAUGAGGACCUUCAUUGACACAUGCGAUAUGCACGAGUUUAAUUGUGACAGCAAAAAAGAUUUCGUUCAAAAACCAGUUCAUGAAUGUUGGGUGACAUGCAAGAGAGGUAGAAGUUUUAAGAAAUCGCAAUACGGCAGCGAAUGUGACAAGGAAAAUAUCGUUUAAAAAAAAUACAUUUUUUUUAUCAAAAACUGUUGUUUUUUUUUUUUAAUAAUAACAAAUGAACAAUAACUUACUAUACGUACUUAUUGUUCGAGAUCACAGUGUAUUAAUACGAAUAAAAUUCUGAUAAUAUUAAUUUAAAUACUAGACUAUACUUAAAUUUAAACACUAUUACUAAGGAAACAUAAAUAGAAAACCAGUUUACAGUUUAAAUUACGCGCAUAAUUUAAACAAA